AUGUCUCGUGAGCGCAUCAACCGCCUCGCCGUCCAGUACGACACGACCAAUGUCAUUACUAAUCCCUCACGCCUCAUCGAGGGAUCUGGUGGGUACACCCUACCCGAGCGCACUGUCACAACAUGGGCGACGGAACGUUCGUUUAAUGGGACCAAGUACGAAUGCUUCUUGUGUCAUCGCGAGUACCGGACCCUCGCGGCGCUCAACCAGCAUCUCGGCAGCGCUGCCCACGACGACGAUAUCUAUCGGUGCCCGAGAGGCUGGCAGGGGUGUGGCACUGAGUUCCGAACACUCAGUGGCCUUUGCCAGCACGUCGAGGCCGAACGCUGCGGCAUUCGCAGAUUCAAUGACCCCAUGCAAAGUGUUAUUACUUCCAUGUCCAGCGCUUUGAGGGGCCUGAUUCUGUAG